ACACACGCGUAUAACACACUUAUUUUUUCACAUCUACCAGAACUUCUUUUGAACUGUGAGAUGAUCUUUUUAUUAUCUAUAAAAUCCUGAACAUCUAUGAAAUCACACUCACUGGUUAAAUCUCACAAAACCUCUCCAAAACAUACUCGAGUCAAACCUUACCGAAAUAAACAAGUAAUAAUAAUUGCUUAAAUUAAAUGUUUAAACGCAUUUUAAACACAGUUCCACUUUAUUUUAGGUGUAUUUAACUUCUAAAGUAUAUACUUGCACCGGAAAUGCAAGAUUUUGGUCAAACGUUCUUAUGGUGAAAAAUGUAAGGUGUGUAAUUCGUGCAGGCAGCACCUCCCACGGUUCUCCGGGUCAUGUGAUCUAAACUUUAAAAGUGCAGGACUGUGGUUCUAGGAGUCAGAUUGACUGAUUGACUCUUCUUCUCUUCUCUUCUCUUCUCUGAUCAUCAGCACGCUGCAGUGAUGUCAAACACUAAACUAGAAGGAUGGAGCGAAGUGAAGCUGUUGACUCAAGCGGAGAAAAAGAUUUGCCUUGAGUUGAGGCCAAAGAUAGAGAAGCAGCGAAACACUACUUUUUUGAUGUACAUUCCUGUGGUCAGUCGUACUCAGACUGUGAAUGGAAAAAAUUACAUGUUCAAGGUGUUGGUCGGUGUUGAGAAGGAUGACUGUGUGUGUGUUCACGCAGAGGCUCUUCCCUGUGAUGGAGGGGGAGUGCGUCUGGUUGCAGACGACUACCCUAAAAAUAUUGAAGACCCGCUGCUUCCUCUUGAAGACCCCAAGAAAUAGUCUUCAUGUGAUAACAGACACAUGCAGUGAUGGAGGAACAACUGAAAUGUUUUUGUAUUCCUCAAUAAUAAACUCUAUAAU